GUGCCGGGCGGCUCCUCGCGCGACGCCAGCCAGUCACGCGCCGCGCGCUGGCUGAGGUCGCUGGCGGAGAUGGUCUGCCGGCGGGGGCGGGGCGGCGUGCUGCUUCGCCCGGACGGCCACGCUCCUCCGCCGCCGGCGCCGGGGGCACGUCCCAGACCGCGUCGGCAGGGAGGACGAGGACGUCCCCGAGGGGUCCUCUGAGAAGCCGCCUGUGCUGA